GGGACUCGAACCCGGGUCGCAUGCUUGGGAAGCAUGCAUGCUAACCGCUACACUAUUCGCGCUGUGAUGAUGUAAUAGGUUUGGAGUUCGAUUCUAUAAUUCAGGCUUAUAGAGGGAAGAAACUGGAGCUACAGUAGGUUGGUUGCAAAUCCCACCCAAGCCUGCUGCUACCCCUCCAUCCUCUCUAUCCAUCAUAGCUCUUAGAACACGAACACUUUCCUUCUCCUAAACCACAACCCAAACCUUGGCCACACUCCACCUCGGCUUCUAGGAAAAGAAAGACUUUCCCUCUCUCUACAGCUGAGCUUUCGAGCACCGUCUCCGCCUCCCGCCAUGGCCAGCAAAGUCGAACGCAUCGUCGCCCGGCUGCAGGAAAAGAUCGCCGAGGGCGACUUUUACGAAGCGCAGCAGCAGACGCGAGUCGCCGCCUCGCGCUACAUCAAGACGCAGAACUGGCCCGCGGCAAUCGACAUCCUCUACAGCGUCGCGCAGUCGCUGCUCAAGGCGGCGCAGGGCGGCAGCGGCGGCGAUCUGUGUGUCAUGAUGGUGGACGUGUAUAAGCAGGCCGAGCUGAAGCCGGAUGCGACGAGCAAGGGCAGACUGCUGACGUGUCUGCGGCUGUUUGAUCCGGAAGAGCCCACAAGGAAGAAGUUUAUUACUGAGAGCAUGGGAUGGUCUUCCAAGUUUGGCGAGUACCCUGCGGGCGACCCCGAGCUGCACCAUGUUGCUGGCUCACUAUACGCUGAAGAGCACGAGACAUACGAGGCCGAACGGCACCUGAUACUGGGAACCAAGGACUCGCCAGAAGUGCUCUUCAACAUGGAGUAUGCUUGGUACAGAGAAGGAGACGCCCACAUGGCACCGCACUUUGCGGCGCGAGCUGUCCUCCCCUACCUCCUCGUCGGCAACGUCCGCGCCGCCACCACCAGCUAUCGACUCUUCGCCAGCGCCCUCACAAACGACAACCCGACCCUCGGUGUCCAAGACGUUUCUAGCGCCACCUCCGACGUUCGCAUCUUCCCUAGCCUCCCGCUGCUCAACUUCUUGGGCCUGCUGCUCCUGGCCAUCCAGCGAGGGGCUCCCGAAGUCUACAAGGGUCUGGUGUCCAAGUAUGCGACGCAGAUCGACGAGGCCGAGGCGUGGGCGGAGCCUCUGGAGAUGAUUGGCGAGAUGUACUUUGGCAUACAGAAGCCGCGACAGAGCAACCCCCUGAUGGACAUGAUGAGCGGGCUGUUUGGUGGAGGUGGUGCCGCGCCGCCGCAACAGACACGGCGGCCGGGGCUGCGUGGAGCAGACGCUCCCGCUGCUGAAGGGCUAGACUAAGAAGCAAUUUCUUCUUCUUGAUCAUCAUCUUCUUCUCAUAUCUUGCUUGAAUCGGCAGCGACGAAAUAGAAUCAUUCAUGUAUCAUAGUCAUAACGGCGGGGUGGAUAGAAAAGGAGCAAAAUUAACGCUGAUUGUCGUCGUCGUUCAUGAUAUGCGCGGCUGUUCUUCCGGCUCGAACAUCCAGUUGUCUUCGGCCAAUGCGCUGACCUUGCUCCUGUUGCUCUCGCGGACCGCCUCGAAAAGGGC